AUGAAUUUGGCGAGUGUUCCGGUAGAGUUCGCGCGAAUAUAUCUGAACUCGGCGAUCAGCUUUUCGGUGGCUUUGGCAGCAAUAACAGAAUUGAAGCUUCAAGUCUGGAAAAUGGUCUCGCAUUGUGUGAGGUUCGCAUAGUUCUGGUUUGUGAGCAGACCAUUACGGUAACCGCGCAC